GGCCAAUGAGAUAUCUAGGAGGCUUCAUGCACCAUUUUAAGGUCUGCAAUUCCGAUCCAGGCGCCCGGCGCGGCCGGGUCUGUAAGCACGCCAUUAUUCUCAGCUCGGGUAUCCUGAUUAACAGGUAGACGCGUGGUAUGUAGCAGACUUUGCACGUAGAACACAAAGUACUUGAAUCUAACCCCUCCCCACAUCAUAUGAACCAACGUUUGGAUUAAAUUCGUGGAUCCAUCCUUAUUUCUACGUCGAGCAUGUCCACCAUGGCCGAUCGCAACAAUGAAGAUAUUGUCAAGGUUCAUUCCAAGGUCUACGACACCGAAGCUCAAGUCUCAGACAACGACAGCGCGACCUAUAUAAUUGACGCUCUCGUUAAUGAGGAUCAUGAACAUGACAUCAAACUUCGCACGAUGACAUGGCAACGAGCGGCCUGGUUGCUUGCUGGCGAUCAAGUAUGUCUUGCAAUCAUGGCACAAUCUUGGUCGCUUUCGGUCCUUGGUUGGGUCCCUGGGCUCAUUACUAUGAUCGUAGCUGGGGUGCUCUUCUACAUCACUUCAUUGACGAUGCACAAGUUCAUCAUGAAGCACCCACAGAUCAAAGAUAUCUGCGACUUUGGCUAUUACGCUUUUGGGAAGAGCAAGAUUGCUUAUGAAUUCACCGCAGUCAUGCUGCUUCUUAAUAACAUCAUGCUGAUUGGCUUUCACAUUCUCACGGGCGCGAAGGUUAUAAACACCCUAUCGGAUCAUUCGAUGUGUACUGUGACGUUCUCAGUCAUCGUAACUAUCAUGGGUGUUAUUAUGUCCUUACCCAGAACGCUCAACAAUGUCUCUUUCAUGUCCAUGUUCUCUGCGGCAUGCAUGGGAAUUGCCAUCCUCCUCUUCUUGAUAUUUGCUGGUAUCGAGGACCAUCCGUUGUACGGAUACAACGGCGUCUAUCCAAAGGCUGGCCUUGUUCAUACGUACGCAUUCCCGCUCAAGGGUACGACUUGGGUUGCUGCGAUGAACGCUGUUCUCAAUAUCACCUUCUUAUGGGUUCCUCAGAUUCUCUUUCCCACUUUCAUCGCCGAGAUGGAGAAGCCGCAGGAUUUUCCGAAGGCCCUAGCAGUUCUUGCCGGGAUUUCCGCAAUCCUCUUCAUCGUUCCUCCUGCGAUUGGAUUCCACUAUCUGGGACAAUACGCAACCGCGCCGGCUUUUGGCAGUCUGGGUACUGUUGUGUACAAGAAGGCCUCGUUCGCGUUUGUCAUUGUUCCUACACUCGUCAUUGGUGUAAUCUAUGCUAAUGUCAGUGCCAAAUUCCUUUACGGCCGAAUUAUGGGGAGAAGCCGUCAUGCGCACAGCAACACUGUAAUAGGCUGGGCUGUAUGGAUUGCCGUGAUGACAGCAAUCUGGUUCAUCGGAUUCGUGUUUGCCGAGGUCAUCCCUUCUAUGGGUGAUUUUCUCAGUCUUCUAGGUGCCGCUUUUGACUCAUUCUUUGGGUUCAUCUUCUUCGCCGUCGCAUACUGGCAACUGUACAAAGGCAGAUUGUUCAACAGCCUCGCACGAAGCGUGAAGACAAUCACACAUGUAUUCAUCAUGCUUUGUGGUCUAUUUCUGCUCGGGCCAGGACUGUAUGCUGCAAUUGAAGCCAUCAUUGACGAUUACAGUGGAGCUGUCAAGCCAGCUUUCUCGUGUGCAAAUGUAUCUAUAUAGGCAGAGAGGGCCCCUUUCCUGUGUUGGAAUAGAGACUGUGUCUAUGACUCUCGUUAAGAUUCACUCGUGUACUAAACCUAUAUAAUAAGUGCACUUCCAAAAGCG